AUGGCCGGUGUUCACAGUCUAGCCUUAUCGAUUGCAUCGUCGCUCUUGGUUCUCAUCAGCCUUCGCAACCUCAUUCCGGUUCGGUACGGUAUCGACAUUCUCAUUCCCGCCUCCGUCAUCAACAACCUCCGUCGCGCGUUCUACAAGCUCUACACCGCACCCGGCCCCUUCGUCUCAAGUCACACAGACAACACACCACUUCACAUCGAGGCCCUGCGCGGCGGCUACAAGCCCGACCUCUUCCUUGCAUACGAAGCUCCCAUCACAAUACCAACCACUGCCCUUCGUAGCCUCAUCAACAAUGCGCCAUCACUGCUACCCAUCGGACUCCUCACACAGUCCAAGAACGCAGAGCUUCAGGCGCUCAUCUCCAGGCUCUCGAGCUACGAGGGCAGACGCAUAUAUCUUCUGCUCGGUUCCAGACCGCUGCUCAACUGCACCUUUUGCAAGACGGCCAACGACUACUUCUGGUUUGCCGUUCCGUUCCUCUUCGGCACUUAUGCUUGGCGCAUCUUGGCGCUGGGCUUGCUCACCACGCAUCCGGACGACUCGGUGGCCGUUGCCAUACGGCAAGCUGCAUCUCUGCUCAGGCUCACAUUGCACCCACGGACUUCGGACCCGAAUGCAGUUGUGAGGCCACAUGAGGCGGAUCGAAGCAGUUGGCGCACAUCAUCGCUCACGGUGCUUCUGGUUACGCUCGCCACCGAGCUGCUCAUCAUGUUUGAGUUUGGUCACGUCACGGCCAAUUCCUCCCGCCUCAAUCACUGGCACACCAACCUGUACAUCCUUCGCCAGUUCAUAUUCUUGACACUCGUCCUCCUCGUCUACCUCUUCCCAGCACCAAGGGUACCGAGCAGCUUCGAGCAGAGCGUCGCUCACUUGUCCUCGACUCAACAGAACCUUCAGGACCUUAUGCAUGUUUCGGAUCUCGUCGACGUCGCACACGGCGUCGUGCUCGAGGACGAUCAGUUGCUGCAAUCCACGAGACAGUGGAAGAGUAGCAACCGCCAAACACUAGAUGUCGGGAUUGGCCCCGAGAGAGCCGAGGAGAUCAUUCAGACUGCGAAACACCACGGAGGCCAAGCAGCGAGUGAUGGAAUCGAGCAGGCGCGCACAGCCAUCUACAGAGUCACUCGUCAUUGGUGGGACAGGGCCGAGCUCUUCAACCAACACUUGGAUCAGCAACAUGCUCUCGCCGCAUCAUCGUCCGAGUCUCAAUCACAGCCAGCUACACAGCCCACCUCACAAUCCUCUUUCGGUUCCUGA